AUGUUAAUAAGAUUAAUUCUUAUUUAAAUAGUAAAUAAGGUGCUCAAUCACAGCAUAUGGUAGAAGUUAGGCUGGGAAGAGCAUAAAGGGCAGAGAUUGGUUCUGAAGUAUAGAACCACAAUAAUGUCUUGUCUGUUUUAGUGCAGCCCUGCCUCAGUUUCCCCCCGGGCAGGAUCCUGACUAAUCCUGGCCGUGUUGAUGGAUUACAGGUCGCAGAUUUGGGUAUGAAUAUUGCUCAGGGCUGCGUUUCCUUAAACUCUGGGCCGGAUGGAGUGUGAGAGGCUCGGCCUAUCUUGAGUAGUUGUGGCAUCAAACCCCUGUCCGAGAUUUUAGAGCCUCGGUGAUCUCCCCGCGCGUGGGCCCCGCGGGAGUUGUCCCUGGGCAGCCUCGAACCCGCGGUCCCGAGGAGCGCGGCGCUCACCGCCGGCCGCCAGGGGGCAGCAGCGCCGCGCUCGGGCGCUCCCGCCGCUUCCGGCGCACGUGGGGCGCGCGCGCACAUGGCGGCGGUGAGCGGGACCGGGGCCGGGAUGGGGAUCGCGACGGACGGGAGGGGCAGCACCUGGGAGCUGCGGGGUGCGAGUGCUGCGGCGCUCAGGGGUGUUCUCGCCCUCCCCUGGGGCUCCCCCGCGCGGCUCCUGCUCGGUGCGGGGUGUUUGUCCCUCCCACGGGCCCUACUCCGUGUCCCCCCGCGGAGGUCCCCUCUCCCCGGGCGGGUGUCGCUGCCGGGGCGGGGGCUGUGCCCGCUGCCCGGUGGGAUUCCCGGCGCUGAGCCCGCUGUCCCGCAGGACAUGUCGCCGGACGAGGAGGAUGUGCAGCGGCUCCUGAUCCAGUUCCGCGAUGAGGCAGGGGAGUGCCUGGGCUCCCCCUUCGACGUCCCGGUCACCAUCACUCCCGACAAGCUGCAGCUGGUCUGCAACGCCCUCCUGGAGAAGGAUGAGCCGGUGCCUCUGGCCUUCUUCGUCCACGAUGCCGAGAUCGUGGCGUCGCUGGAGAAGACCCUGGCAGGGCAGAGCGUGGAGACAGAGAAGGUCCUGGACAUCAUCUACCAGCCGCAGGCGGUGUUCAGGGUGCGGGCGGUGACGCGCUGCACCAGCUCCCUGGAGGGACACACCGAGGCCGUCAUCUCCGUGGCUUUCAGCCCCACGGGAAAGUACCUGGCGAGCGGCUCUGGGGACACUACUGUGCGCUUCUGGGACCUCAGCACGGAAACGCCGCAGUUCACAGCCAAAGGUCACCGGCAUUGGGUGCUCAGCAUUGCUUGGUCACCUGAUGGCAAGAAACUGGCCUCAGGCUGCAAGAACAGCCAGAUCUUUCUCUGGGACCCAGCCACUGGCAGCCAGAUCGGCCGAGUGCUCUCUGGCCACUCCAAAUGGAUCACAUGUCUGUGCUGGGAACCACUCCACAUAAACCCAGAGUGCCGUUACCUGGCCAGUGCCUCCAAGGACGGCAGCAUCCGCAUCUGGGACACGCUGAUGGGCAGGUGUGACAAAAUCCUCACAAGCCACACGCAGUCAGUGACCUGUGUGAAGUGGGGGGGCGAUGGCUUGCUCUACUCCUCCUCCCAGGACAGGACCAUCAAAGUCUGGAGGAGCCAAGAUGGGGUCCUGUGCCGCACGCUGCAGGGCCACGCUCACUGGGUGAACACCAUGGCCCUGAGCACCGACUACGUUCUCCGCACCGGCGCCUUCGAGCCGGCCGAGGCCACCAUCAACCCCCAGGAUGUCAGAGGCUCCUUGUCAGAACUGAAAGACAGGGCACUGCAGAGGUACAACCAAGUUCGGGGCCAGGAACCAGAAAGGCUCGUCUCUGGGUCAGAUGAUUUCACCUUGUUUCUUUGGAGACCAGCAGAAGACAAGAAGCCACUGGAGAGAAUGACAGGCCACCAGGCAUUGAUUAACCAAGUCCUGUUCUCCCCAGACACCCGGAUAAUAGCUAGUGCUUCCUUUGACAAGUCCAUAAAGCUGUGGGACGGUAGGACUGGAAAGUACCUGACGUCGCUGAGGGGCCACGUGUCGGCCGUGUACCAGAUCGCCUGGUCGGCCGACAGCCGCUUGCUGGUGAGCGGCAGCAGCGACAGCACCCUCAAGGUCUGGGAUGCCAAGACAAAGAAACUGGCCAUUGAUCUACCUGGCCAUGCAGAUGAGGUGUACGCAGCGGAUUGGAGCCCGGAUGGACAGAGGGUAGCGAGCGGAGGGAAGGACAAGUGUUUGAGGAUAUGGCGCCGAUAGGAGCAGGGACGUGGAGCUGCUGGUCCUGCCCUCAGCACAGUCCUGGGAGAUCUCCAAGGUGGUGGACGAAGAGAUUGACCCAAACACGGCUCCAUGUUCCUGUUGGCAACUCUCCCUCAUGGACUCUUUCCUUAUAUUUAUUUAAGGAAAUUUUAAUUCUGGUUCUUAUUAAGAGCUGUGCAUUGCAGGAUGAUUUCCUCUGAACAUCACAGGAGGGAUAUCUCAUCUGCCUCCAUCUCAACUGGCUUUUUAUUGGAAUUUCAGCCUCACAGUAGCCACUGUCCUGAAAGGAGCAAGCAAAAGGCGGAGACUGCUCUUGCCCUUUCUUGCUCUGUAUAGAAUCCUGUGCAGAAGAGGGUUUUAGUGGGAACAGAGAGGGUUGUCCUUGUGUGGCCUUCAGAGAGAGAGAAAAAUGGGAAAUUUCAGCACAUCAUUACAUUGCAGAAUUGUGCUUGGUUGCAUGUCUGGGACAAAGAUCUGCUGAGAAUGA